AGGCGGUCGCGGCGUGUAGGGGGUCUCCGCCACGCUCUGGGAACGCCGAGGGGGCAGCGCGGGAUGAGUCCGUGGUGAAAAAGAGAGCGCGGCGCCAGCCAGCCCCCAGGCUGCAGCCCGGCCGCUCUCGGUGGCUUCUCGGCUGCCGCCGCCAGAUAGGGUGGGUGUAGGGAUGGGUGUUGAGCCAUGCCUAGCGCGUUCUGCUGAGUCCAAACAGCAGAUGUUUGCUUGGAGAGAUGAGUUGCAGGCAUCUGGAAUAAAGGAUGUAUUGAAGAAGGUGAAUGAGUGUUAAUCCCCAAAGGGAAUUUCCUGAGUGACUCAGAACACCGAGAGUGACAUUUACAUGCUCAUGUUUCACAGCUGAGGCAGUAAGAUCCUGGCAGUCCAGAUUUCAAAAGCUGCCGAUAGAUCUAAAAGUAAGAGUUUAGCUAUUGGAUCUGUGACCCAUAUGUGGAGGGAAGGUCCAGCUUGUAGACCCAGACCAGUUAGCUCCAGAUUGAAGUCAGUGGCUUGACUGAAGAAGCUGGUCACUAUGACCAAUGCUGCUGUGACUGUUUCACUUUUAUUUUUUCAAUAAUCUUUUCCCAAGGAGUGAAGACAGAGAUUGUGCUAUGAGUCAGUUGGCAUGUUUCUGAUAUGAAAAGGCUAUUAACAUUCCUCUAGCUGAAAGGGACGGUGUGUUUGAGUUUUGUUACGAAAGCAUACACCCCAGCCAGUGGUUACCACCCACUGGCCUCCUUGGUUUUACAUGUGCUCAUGCAGCUUGUAUGCAAGCAACUGUGAUCUUUCCUUUCUGUCAGGAAACCAGAUCUGAAAGUCUCUGUGGAUUUCAGUGUCUGUUAUUCAUGACUGUUUUCCGUGAUGACAGACUUCAGGAGGAGUCCCAUAUCCUUUCUGUGUGAAUGUGCCCACGACUUCUGGUGGUACAGGCCCAGCUUGAGUGGUAGGGCCGUGCAGUUCUGGUCCUUUAGGAAGUAUCAGUUAUAACUUUGAUUCAUGGGUACACAGCCUGGAGCUCUCUAAAACAUGUCCCAGAAAUAGGUUGUAGGUUGCGGACCUUUAGGAUUUAUUACCACAUCUUCAGAUUACUUCAAUUUCAUCAGUUAUAUAUUAUUUUAUGUAACAGCAGUCCCAAGAUUGCACCAUGCAGAAGAUGUUCAUCCUCAGAAAAAGCACAGGAGAAAGCAAAUGUUCUUUAGAUUAGUGUUUAAGGCAGAAAGAGAGAUGAGGUUUGAAAAGUUUAGACUUGCAGUUUGUAAAAAGAAAAUCACUAGGUCAGUGUUUUUCCCUAAAAGAUUUUUUUUUCUGAAACUCCACCCUCAGUUCUAGUAAACAUUUCACAACACAUCUCUGUUAGUGACAUCAUCUCUGUAGACAUUUGUGUAAUAUGCUGUCAUUGAUGUAACUAGCCGGUUUUGCUUGAUCAUUCUGCACUAAAUUUACAACAAAGGAAUAGAAUUUUCUUGCAGUUUUCAGUUUUGGCUCCCAGUUCUUUCAGACCAUAUUGUGAUGACUGGUUUAAAUCCUAUUACACAUAUAUCAGCCAGCCAGGUGAAUAAAAGGACUCCACCUGAGUAAAAUUGUCUUGUAAACUGUAGCUUUGUUAUAAUUUACGUUGAAUAUUACUUUCUCUAAAGCUGCACUCAAUUACUUGUAAGACCAGAGCUCUGUCUUUGCUUGAUUGCAUUACAGAAUAGCAUGGUGCUUUCUGCUGCUAUCUUCAUCACGCUGAUUGGCCUGAUCAUAUACCUGCACUUUGUGAAAGUUGACCAGGAAUCGCUACUGGUCAUCGGCUCACUCGGCAUCCAGGUGACUUCAUCCUACGCUUCGGGGAAAGAGAGCACAACCUUCAUUGAGAUGGGUCAGGUGAAGGAUGUGGUUAUCAAUGAAGCCAUCCACAUGCAAAAAGUUAUCUACUACCUGUGCAUCCUCCUCCAGGACCCUGGAGAUCCUCAGGGAGUAUCUGAGGUUGUGCCACUCUUUCAGAACUCCAAGCCACGUCUGGACUGCUUGAUAGAAGUGUACAAAAGUUGUCAAGAAAUCCUGGAGCAGAGGAAGACAGCUCCACAGUCAAGUGGAAUAAAAUAGAAAAAAAAAAAAAAUCAAGGCAGCAAACUUGCAGCAGGACUCAGACACAUGGAAAAGCAAGCAAAACUGCCCCAUGGCUUUUUUUAAUUAGAUGAGUGGGAAGUGAUGCAGCAGUACAGUGAUGUUAGGGCUAAAGGCCUGUGCAGGUUCACAGAGCUGUUACAGCAAAUGUCAACUGAAGCACAGAAGUGAACCUUGAAAUCCUCUGCUAUGAAGACAGGUGAGCAGAACUUUUUAGACUCAGACUUGCCUCUCCAGAAGUGAAUUAUGGGGAAACAGGGCAAAGGGAGGCAAGAACAUGCAUCAAAUGUUUACUCCCUUGUGGAUCUGAAAAUUAUGACAAACUGUUAAUGUAACCUUGGCUGGACUGCCAAAAAUAUGUAAUGUUUUUGUUUGUUUCUGUUUAACUCUGCUUGAAAAAAGCAUAGACCACUCUAAAUACCAAAGCUCACGUGUGGGCUGGGAUGGUAACUUCCUGAUCCACGGGAGAAUUUCCGAAAUAAAAUACCAUAAAAUUAAAAUACACUGUUGCAUUCAAUUAUAUUUAAUAAAAUAAACAUAGGAGAGCAGACUUUGACCUCUUUGGGGAUCUGCUUGAAAGAGUUCCAUGGGAUGGCGCCCUAGAGGGAAGAGCAAUCCAAAAAGCUGAUUGAUAGUGAAGGAUCACCUCCUCUAAGCUCAAGAACAGUCCACCCCAACGAGCAGGAAGCCUGCGUGGGUGAACAAGUUGCUCCUGGCAAAAUUCAAACACUCAAAAAGGAAGUAUAUAGGAGGUGGAAGCGGGGACAGGUGACCUGGUGGGAGUACCACAAUGCCGUCUGGGAUGCAGUUAGGAAAGCCAAAGCCCACCAGGAGCUGGAUCUGGUGAGGGAUGUCAAAAGCAAGAAGAAGGGCUUCUGUAAGUACAUAAUUAGCAAAAGGAAGGCAGGGAAAAUGUGGACCCAUUGCUGAAGGGGCAGGGGCAUGGUGACACAGGACAUGGAGAAGAUGUGGCAUUGAAAAGGCCACAUCAAUUGCUCUGAGAAUAUGAGAAAGGUGUAUUGUUGAAAAUAAUGACUAUGUGAAUAAAGCUUGAUUGAUCUGUG